AUGUCGGAACUCGAAACCCUUGAGCGUCGCGGCUCGCCGCCCCCCAGUGCGCUUACGGAGGAGAACCUCAACACUCUUAGCCCUGCUCAUGAGGGGGCUGCUAAAGCUUCAGACAAUGAAUCUGUCCUUUCCGAUAUCGACGAAGAGAUCUUCCACGACUUUGAUGACUCCCUUAUCGGUAGGAUCGUACCUAUCGAUGAGGAGACCGUUCACACGAUCGGAAAGUACAAAAAGAAGCUUGAUCCGAAUCAACUCCCAGAGAAAUCUGGCAAAAAGGAGAAGAGGAGACGGGAUAUUAAGAGAAGAAGGGAUGUUGUUGAAGAACGUGCUGGUGAACCGGAGCUGCAGGAACAGGAGCUGACUGCUGAAGAGAGUGAGUGGUUUCCAAUGGGUUGCUUCACAAUCGUCGCUGACAUAAUAUGCAGAAGCAAGGAGGGAGCUUGACCAGCGCAUGGAUGCCGCCCUAAAGGGCCCCAAGAAGAAGAAGAAGAAGGGUGAAGUAUGUUUAAUUGUGACCCUGGUGCCCUGAAGCUGCUCUAAUUAUUUUGGAUAUAGGACCUUGAGGAAAUGAACGACGACUUGAUCAUUGCUUUGAAACAGCGUAUGAUGGACGCUGCAAAUCGUGACCAGGAGGCGAUCGUCAACGGUCAACAAGCUGUGCAUAAGCUGGCGAUGCUUGAAGAGGUUAAAGACAUUCUCCAACGCCCAAAUCUUAUGGCGACUGCAAUGGACAAUAACCUCUUGGAGGCUAUGAAGAGAUGGCUGGAACCUCUCCCUAAUAAGGCUCUCCCAGCAUACAGCAUCCAGAAAGUCAUGUUCGAGAUUAUGGGCAAGAUGAAGAUCACCACCGACUACCUUCGCGAGAGUGGUAUCGGGAAAGUUGUCAUGUUCUACACCAAGGACAAGAGGCCUCAAUUGCACAUCAAGCGCGAAGCCAAUAGAUUAGUUAGAGACUGGUCUCGUCCUAUUUUAGGCAGAAGCGACGAUUACCAUUCCAGAGAAAUUCCCAUGGCUCAUGACGGGUUCGUAUUCCCGGCCCGAGCUCCUUGGUCGCAUGUUUGCUAAUAUAUAGGUUUUUUUCCAGUGACUCCCGCCUUCCCCGUCUCAAGCAGCGUGGCGAUAAUGAAGAAUCCAACCCUCUCGCCCCUCCUGAUCGUAACAAGAACCGCACUCGCGUUCCUCAAGCCAUGCCUCGCUCAUACGAGAUCGCUCCCCCUAGCCGUGUUGUCCAAGGACACAACGCAUAUGCCAGGCCUAUCGGCGCAGCAGGAGACGAUAUCAUCCGUCGCAUGAAAGCUAAGAAGCAAGCUGCUAAUAAGGGAAAAAAGAGCGGCAUGAUCAUCGGU